AUGUCUAUAUCGAAAGUGUGUAUUAUAACUGGUUCAAGUUCUGGUCUUGGAUUUCAUACAGCGAAAAAAUUAGUAACAAAAGAUUAUCAUGUGAUUUUUGCAUGUCGUGAUGAAGUCAAAACAGUGUCAUUACUUCAAAAAAUGAAAAAAGAUUUAGAUCGAUCAAAUUUUGAAUUUAUGAAGUUAGAUCUCGGUUCAUUUGAUUCAAUUAGACGAUUCGUCGAUGAUUUUCAUAGUAAAAACUUACCACUUAAUUUGUUGAUCAAUAAUGCGGGUGUUUAUUCGAAAAAUUUCAACAAAUCCAGUGAUGGAAUUGAAUGUUCUUUUGCAGUUAAUCAUCUAGGACAUUUUUUAUUUACAAAUCUUCUUUUGGACGACUUGAAACGUUCAACUCCUUCAAGAAUAGUAAUUAUUGCAUCAAAACUUCAUGAUUCAAAUGUAAAACAUGGAAAUCCUCCAAAUUUCAAAUGGACCUUAGAUGAGAUUAACAAUGAGAUAGAAUAUGAUGGAAUGAUUGCUUAUAAGAACUCAAAAUUAGCAAAUGUGUGGUUUGCAUAUGAAUUAGCUCGAAGAUUAGAAAAUACUGGAGUCAAUGUUUAUGUUGUUUGUCCGGGUUUCGUUCCUACUACAGGUCUGAGUAGAGAUGCAAAUGUUUUUCAGAGAUAUUUCAUGUUUUAUAUAUUAUCUCUAUUUCCAUUUACACGAACAGAGGAUUUUGGUAGUGAAUGCGAAGUAUUUGCUGCAACAUCUGAUACUCUUGAUGGUAAAACUGGAAUAUUUAUGUCGGAUAUGAAAGAAACAAAAUCAAGUGAAGAUUCGUACGAUGAAGAGAAAGCAAAACGAUUAUGGACUUUAAGCGAACAAUGGAUAAAUUAA